ACCUUAUCCUCUUUUUUAUCCUCGAUUUGACCGACCUUUUUUCCUUUUUCCUUUUUUUUUUGCAAUAAUAAAGCUUUUGUUUACUCUUUUGUCAUCACAAUAAUUAAAUAGAAACUAUAGAAACAAGUAAACAAAACGACGGAAUCGCGUUCAACUUCAUUUCAAAAUGCCACCAUAUCAAUCAAUUCCGUCCGUCUCCCCUCUUCGUCUUCUCCCACCAGCGUUUUAGUGCUCUGUUUAGGGUUUCUUCUUAGAAUCUGGACAUGACGGGAGGCGACCAGCCAUCGCGGCUUCUCUACGAGCUCUGCGCUCUCCUCCUCGAGGUCCUCCGCACCCCUCACCUCGCGCCCCUGCCUGCCGACGCACGCUCGCGGCCACCGGUUGAUGCUGCGACGGCGAGGAGGCGGGUGCCGACACGGAUGUCACCGGCACGGUUCGCCUCUCUCCUCCUCGGGGCGUCGCUGGCGUUGAUGCUCUGCGGGUUCGUCACGUUCCUGAUCGGGUUCAUACUGAUGCCCUGGGUGGUUGGGCUCGUGAUCCUGUUCUACUUCGUGGGGAUCGUCUCGAAUCUGCCCGGGUUGGGAAGGGCCAUCCUUAGCCCCGGUAGUGGCCCCUCAAGCCCCAAGGAAAUGCCAGGCCCACUGUUCUCUAAACUUCCAAUUAUUUGAUUGUGGAGCUCAGACAUGCAAUAGUUGAUACUGCAGAUCAUGGAGACGGUAACUAUGAACCUUCGAGGAUCGCCUUGAUUCUUCCUUGAUGUCAGUUCGAUGGGUGCUUGAAUCUUGUUUUCAUUCUUUUUCCCAUACCAUGUACCUGUUAGUGUUCCAUGGCUGCUCGAGGACCUCUUUGUUGCUGCAGAGUUUGCACAUAAAAUUAGUUACAAGCAUCUUGGAUUGGCUGAUGCUCCUGUGGGUUGGGUGUCUCUAUAUGAGAGGCUACAACAAGGGCAGCCAUCGCUUAAUCUUUAUAUGAUACAGAAGUACAUGGUAGAUAGAAGUCACCAUUUAUGGCUUCACACACUUUGUGGUAUCAGACCACAAUUCAUGGCUUUCCAUGGAGGUAAUCCUGCUGUUGUUUAUCACAGUAACUAGAACUGAGACUAAUUCAUCCAUCACUGGGCUGAGCUAUAUGAACAAUGCAAUUGGUCUAUUAUUUAGUUUUUGAUGAGUUCUGUCACAAUCAUAUUAGUUACCGGUAAGCUAAAGUUUCUGAUGGAUUUGUUUCUUUAAGUGAUGUAUUAUGUUAUACUUGUUUUAGACAAAAUCACACACAUAUACAUUCUUCUAAUUUUAAUUUUUGCUUAGAUAUAUUUUGAUGAAACUCAAAAGCUUGCUGAUAUGUUCCCAUAGUUAAUACUUGUAAACGUACAGUAGCAUUGAUUUCAUACACUACUGAGUUUUUUGAGUCAAAAGGCAAAAAAAAAAAAAAAACCAUAGAUAUCAUUCUUUUUAUUGUAAAAUGCUUUCAUGUUGAAAAAUGGAUAACAAAGUGUGACAAGUGCUUAAUUAUCAUAUUUCUUCUUAUAAUGAGUUUUGUUGUGACACAGGCCGUUUGGACGAGUAAAUAUCGAUUGGCACCCAAUGCUCCGAAAAAGAUAUUACAUGAUUUGCUAGCUUUCACCCGUUCGAUUCAAGAUGGAGAAAGAAAGGAGUAGCGGUUGCCUUCUUCGAGCGUCGUGCGGGUCCCCGGUCCUGGUGGCCCCCGCCUAGCUUGCUCUGGUUGUCCGCAUACCGUUUAUAUACGACUAAAAAAUCGACCGUGAAAGUUAAUGGAUGACGCAAUCGACUUGGAGACGGAGUCGUCUGUCUGUUUGCGGGACUCGAAGUGACCAUGCUACGCCUCCCCCGCUUUCGCUUUCUUCCCUCGGUAACCCACAAACCCUCGCUUCGAUCCGCAUUGGGUUUGCGGUGGGCGACGAGGCCUCGAGCACUAAUCUUCUUCGAAUUCCGCAGUGGAUGCAUUGGGUUCCGAUGCUCUUGUAACUGUAGGCCGAAACAGAUGGAGCAGAGUCAGAAGGGCUGUUUUCCCAGUGUUCUUGAGAUCACAUCACUCUCGUUGACUUGCCUGGAAUAACAAAGGUGCCACUUGGUGACCAAGCAAAUGACAUUGAAGCCAGGAUUAGAAUGAUGAUUUCGUCAUACAUCAAACGUAAGACUUGCAUUAUAUUAGCAGUUUCACCAGCGAAUGCAGAUCUGGCAAAUUCUGAUGCACUUCGAUUGUCUAGAAUUGCUGAUCCAGAUGGUUAGCUUGUCAGUUGCUCCCCAUCUUUUGCUUCAUAUUUUGUUGGCAGAAUAUUAAACAUGGGUUAGGCUAGCAAGAAUAUAAGAAUAUUUUCGAGAGCAAGAUUAGAAUUGCAAGAUAUGAUCAUGAAUUAAUAUUAUUUGCUUAUAAGAGAUUAAGCGAAUAGGAAAAAUAAUAAUAAUAAAGAGAUCAAUUUCCUGUGUUGA